AUGGAGCCAAGAGGGUUUGGAUUUGUUCAAUUUCUUGAUCCUGCUGAAGCUAAAUAUCAAAUGGAUGGUCAGAUUCUUAUGGGAAGACAUCUGACUGUUGUGUUUGCUGAAGAGAACAGAAAGAAGCCUACUGAUAUGAGGCAAAGAGAAAGGAGAGACAGAUCCGGACGUCCUAAUGAUCGCAGGCGGUCACCUCCACCGCGCUACUCCCGCUCACCACCGCCACGCUACGCUCGUUCCCGCUCCCACAGCCGCGAAUACUCCCCUCCUCCAAAGCGAAAGCAACACGCGAGGUCGAUUUCUCCUCGAGAGAAAAGACAUAUUCGAGAAAGGUUAUACUCACAAUCUCCGGUGAGACCCCGAUCACCGCCUUAUGAUGGGCCGCCAAGGAGCCGGAGCCGGAGCCCGCCCGUUGAGUGGUCACCGCCGCCCUACAACGGGUCGAGGAGCCCGAGCCGUAGCCCUGUAAGGGACCGGGACCAGCGCGGUGCACCCAGGGACCGGGGCCGGAGUCCUGUGGCUAGUGGUGGAUACUCGAGGGGUGAAGCCGAUGUGGAUGUUUCUCCUAGCCCUUGAGAGGUGAGUAGUUUUGUUAAACAUUGUUGGUUGGUAGACAAUGUACUUUAUGAUGAGAUGUUAUUGUUCUUAAUUGUUCUACUACUACUUUAUGAAAUGUUUUGUUGAUUGCUUAUUUUUAACUCAAU